GGUACAGACGACCGCCAGCAUGCAUCUCUCAGGAGGCAUUGCUUUGAUUCCCCCAAAUCCCAUUCUCCCGAGGGACGACCUACGUGCUUAUGCUUACGAAGGAGAUGGACUGUCCUCUGGGUCACUGUCUUCGGCUACUUCUUCAGGCCAGCAGGGAGAACAAGGAGACGAGGCUAGUAUUAGAGUGUUGGUCCCCGCUUUUUUAGACGUGAUGGACCUUCUGAAGAACCUCCCAGACGCCACAAAAUCCCCCGACCUCCACGUCUCCCGAAGUAACUCAGCGACGACGAAGACAUUGGUUAAAAAACAGCCCAAAACUCCUCCAUUGAUGACGACCUCCUUGGACCCAACGCCAUUACCUGACUCGUGUUUUCCAGGUUGUACCUCAGGGCAAAGGAAAUGCCCGAGCUGUAUUUCCCUCAAGCAGUCACCCGCAAAAGGGAAGGCCUCUCGAUGUGACCUGGAGAUGACAACACCUUGCUAAGAUGGAGGCGCUCGAUUCCCUCUGAGUUUAAAUGCGAUAAACAUGUUUUUUUUUUUCUUAUUUCUUCUCAUUUUUCUAGUAUCAUUUUGCGCACGAGACGAUGCACAGUCAAACACAAAGAAUUAAACACAAGUUAUUCUGGCGCCUUUUCCUUUACAUUUUCAUGACGUUCAUUGUAAUAAUAAGCAUAAUGAUAAUAACAAUAACACUAUUAAUAAUAAUAGCACCAAUAAUCUUACUAAUAAUGCUGAUAACAACUGUAAUUACACUAAAUAUCGGUCAAAAUUCAAACAAAAAUACAAAAUGAAAAAAGGACAGAAAGACUAACUUAACAUAUAUGCUACAGGAACAUGUUCAGUGAUUUUAUUUAUUAUAACAAAACAUAUAAAGCAAUAAGAUAUUAAAAGCCCAGAAACUGGACAAUUAGUAGCAACUUCAUAAGCUCAGAAUAAUCUAGAUUUAGAUUUAAAUAUUUGCUUCUAUAUGUUUUUAUAUGGCACUAUAAUUUUCACCAUUGCUCCUGCUGUUAUUUUUAUUAUUAUUAUUAUUAUUAUUAUUAUU